GGCCCUGAAAUGAAACCGUCCUCCGACUCGUUCAUGAUUCACGAUGAGGUCUGCGCUGGAAUUUGUCAAGCAGCAGCAGAGAGGAAGAGAAGUGGGGAAACAUUCAAAAUGCCCAGAGAAGACCGAUCUUACACAACCGCCGCCAGCCCAUCACGGUCCGACCCGACCAGAACCCCCACCCCCUGCUGAGCCCGGCCCAGAUAAAGGAAGCAGCCUGCAGGAAGCUCAGAGGCAUUUCUGCACCGAAACUCUGAAUCCGUCUGAUUCAGGCUCAGGAUUUAACUCAACAGAGAAACAAUCAGAGAUGGGGCUGCUGAACGUUGCUCUGCUCCUCGUUGUUCUCCUCACGGCGACGAUGGACGCUAAACCAAUCCGCCACCGACACGACGCCGACAUCCCCGACAAGAACCAGCCGCAGCGAUACCUGGCGGAGCUUUCCGAAGGGUCCGAGGAAUCCUCCGAGGAGUCCUCCGAGGAAGAGGAGGAGGAGGAAGAGGAGGAAGAGGAGGAGGAGGGAGUUGUGACGGACGCCGCCACCGUCCCGCCCCUGCUGGUCGUGACCACGGAUCCUCUGACGUUCACCUCGGGAGACGGCAGCACGCCGGAGCCGGUCACGGCCAACACGGCCGGGCCGGUGAUCAUGGUCCAGGAGACGACGCCAGAACCGGGGACGGGCGUGACCGCUGACGUCACCACCGCGGACGUGGUACCGACGUCACUAAGAGCUACGGAAAUGAGGGGAGAUAUCUGAAAGUCCGUUGUGUUUAUAAAGGUCAGGGGAGUUCAAAGUGUGGAGCGGGGGCCAUUUGUGGCCCCUGCAAUGAAUGCGUGGGGCCCCUGAUUUUUGUUCAAGAUUAAUACAAGUUUGAAUUUUAUUUUUAUUUAGGACAAAAUAAAAUAUUCGGACUAUGACAGAGUAUUGGGACCACAAUAAGAAAAAAAAGACAGAAAAUAAAGAAAUAAAGCCUCCUAAAGUUGUAGUUUUAGGAGAAUAAAGUAAUUUUAUUUUAAAUUUAUUUGUAUUAUUUUGACUUUAUUUUUGAAAUAUUAUGACUUCAUUCUCGUAAUUUUAUAAUUUUGUUCUCAUACUUAAAUAUUCUUUUUUUUUCUUAGUAUGGCCGUAAAUCUCUGACUUCCAGAAAACAGAAAAUAUUGGCUAAGACACCAAUAUUUGUGGUUAAAUAACCCCACCUUUUGCAUUUCGACUUUUACCCAAAUCUGUUUUAUUAAUUCAAUAAACCUUGCUAAAUAAAGUGACUUAAAUCCUAAUUUUUAGUAAAUUGUGUUCUAUUUUUCUUUCUUUCUUCACACAGAAAAUUAGUAAAAUUGCUUUUAUUAAGGCAAACCUACAGAACAACGUUUUAGGUUUUGCAUGAAAACCAACAACAAAUCUGUCUGUUUAAAGUUUAUUUUAGUAGGUAAAAUGUGAUUUCUCCCAAUAAAAUAAUGCAAGUUAUUGAAAAUGAUUAAUAUUUUAUGUUCCAACCUUUCCUGUCACACUGAAUAUGUUCUUUAUGUGGAAUAAAAUAAUUUUUUACACACAUGUAUAAUGUUUACAUGUGUAACUGAUCCUCUUUUUAAUGUUGUGUCCUUUAGACUUGCGAAGUUUCUUCGUCAAGCAACUUUUUAAAAAUUGUUUUAUUAAUUACUUUUAUGUAAACCAAAAAACAAAUCUGUGUUUGCAUGUCAAUCUUUGUCGGAUUGCAAUUUUUAACCCUGUUGGAAGUGAAUAAAGGUUUCUGUUAAAGA